AUGGGUUCUUGUUUGGGUAAAAAAUCAUCAACGACUAUCCUGGAAGCAGUACAUCCAACUGCAAUAAUUCCUAUUGUUGAUUCCACUACCUCUAUAUCUACUCCUACUGCAAUCAUUAUUGAUCCGUCAACCGGAAAUCAUACUAAAACAAGUUGUGCAACAAAACUAUCCAACAGUCCACCAUUAUUUGUGGCUUUAUUCGAUUAUGACGCACGGACAGACGAGGAUCUAAGUUUCAAGAAGGAUGAGCUAUUGUACAUAUUGAACGAUAUGCAGGGUGACUGGUGGUAUGCCAAGAGUAAAACGACCAAUUUAUCCGGUUAUAUUCCAUCCAACUAUGUCGCCCGAGAGAAAAGUCUGGAUGCACAAGCAUGGUAUUUUGGGCCAAUUCGACGAGUUGAUGCUGAGAAAUUAUUGCUACUGAAUAAUAAUGAACAUGGUGCAUUUCUUGUGCGCGAUUCUGAAAGUAGACAGAAUGACUUCUCAUUAUCAGUGCGUGAUGGUGAUGCAGUGAAGCAUUAUCGAGUUAGGCAAUUGGAUCAAGGUGGUUUUUAUAUAGCUCGAAGGCGAUCUUUUUGCACUCUUGUCGAACUAAUUGCGCAUUAUCAACGAGAGCAAGACGGGUUAUGUGUACUACUCAAACAUCCGUGUAAACGACUUGAUACCCCACAAACGUGUACGUUUACGUACGAUGAUCAGUGGGAAAUUGAUCGACGAUCAAUUAGAUUAGUUCGACAAAUUGGUGCUGGACAGUUUGGUGAGGUAUGGGAAGGUCGAUGGAAUCAUUCAACGCCAGUCGCUGUAAAAAUGCUCAAAAGUGGCACAACUGAUCCUAAUGACUUUUUAUCAGAGGCACAAAUUAUGAAAAAGUUAAGGCAUCCGAAAUUAUUGCAAUUGUAUGCAGUAUGCACCAAGGACGAGCCAAUCUUGAUUAUCACUGAAUUAAUGGAUCAAAAUUUAUUGCAUUUCCUUCAGGGUCGAGGACGGAAUUGUGCAGUGGGUCAAUUAGUGGAUAUUGCUGCACAGAUUGCAUCAGGAAUGAGUUAUUUAGAAGAGAAAAAUUUCAUUCAUCGUGAUUUAGCUGCUCGUAAUAUUCUCAUGUCACAUACAUUAUGUGUUAAAAUUGCCGAUUUUGGAUUGGCUCGAUUAAUUCGAGAAAAUGAGUAUGAAGCACGUGUUGGUGCACGAUUUCCUAUUAAAUGGACAGCACCAGAAGCAGCUAGUUAUAAUCGAUUUACAGUUAAAUCAGAUGUUUGGAGUUUUGGAAUAUUACUUACCGAACUUGUUACUUAUGGUCGAUUGCCUUAUCCGGGCAUGACGAAUGCAGAGGUAUUGCAACAGGUAGAUAAUGGUUACCGGAUGGCCUGUCCGGUAGGUUGUCCGGUAGCUCUCUAUGAUAUAAUGUUGCAAUGCUGGCACAAAGAACCAGAAAAAAGGCCUACAUUUGAGACACUGCAAUGGAAAUUGGAAGAUUUAUUCACCACUGACCCAACAGAAUACAAAGAAGCUGCAAUGGCCUAUUGA